AUGCCGAGUUAUGUGAAGUUUAUGAAAGACUUCUUGUCAAACAAGAGGAAACUUGAGGACUAUGAAACAGUUGCACUUACUGAAGAGUGUAGUGCCAUUUUACAAAGGAAGUUGCCCCAGAAGCUUAAAGAUCCUGGGAGUUUCACCAUCCCUUGUUCAGUUGGGAAUGCUGUGUUCGAGAAGGCAUUAUGUGACUUAGGUGCAAGCAUCAACUUAAUGCCUUUAUCUAUCUUUCAAAAGUUGGGUUUAGGUGAAGCAAGACCUACCACAGUGACACUACAAUUGGUAGAUCGCUCUAUCAAGCACCUUAGAGGAGUAAUUGGGGAUGUGCUCGUUAAAGUUAACAAGUUUAUCUUCCUUGCAGAUUUCAUAGUUCUUGACAUGGAGGAAGAUAAAGAAAUACCUAUCAUACUUGGAAGACCAUUUCUAGCGACAGGGAGAGCACUCAUUGAUGUUCAAAAGGGUGAACUGUGCCUUCGGGUACAAGAAGAAGAGGUAAUUUUUAAUGUCUUCAAUGCUAUAAAAUACCCAGAAGCAAGUGAUAGUUGCUUUCGGAUCGAUGAAGUGGAAGCUAUAGUGUCUAACCAUGUGGAUCAAUCAGAUCCCUUGGAGGCUAGCUUACUGCAAAGCGAUUCUUCGAUCAUGGAGGAUGAGGAGGUGAUAGAGUAUUUAUGGUGGAUGGAUUCCAUUGAGCUAAAGAGAAGGAAAUACUUUGAAGCUCUGGGACAAAGCUCUUCACAUCCUAUGCGAUCAAUUGAAAAGCUGCCGAAUCUCGAACUAAAACCAUCACCGGCAUAUCUUCGUUAUGCAUAUCUUGGUGAAUCAUCAACUUUACCGGUAAUCAUUUCCUUGAUACUCUCUCAAGAAGAAGAAGAUAAGUUAUUAAGAGUGCUGAGGGACCACAAGUUUGCAAUUGGGUGGUCUUUGGCAGAUAUUAAGGGAAUUCGCCCAUCUAUGUGUAUGCAUCGUAUGCUGUUGGAAGACAACAUCAAACCAUCAGUGGAAGCCCAAUGA